AUUUCAACUCCUUACCCGAAGAAACGUUCCAUCAUCAUAACACGCUUCCCCGCGCCAUCACUUGAUGAUCGCUCGCACGUCUUUGCUCGCGACGGGAAUUGGCUUGAAAGCGCUCGCACGACCGACCCGUCGCUUUUCUUUGGCAACGCGUCCGCCUUUUUGCCCUAUGCCACGCGACUUCUGAUGCCUCUUACAACCACGCCCUCUGCCUCCCCUCGCCCAUCCACAGUCUCAAAGAUGGAGGAUAGGAAACGGCCUGCCAUCAGCAGUGCCGAUGAUAUAGCCCCUCCGAGCAAGCGAGUUGCCGUCAAUGGCUCCAAGGCUAAAGAUGACUCUUCCGACAUGAAGGAGGAGAGUUGGAUCGAGGCCUACACAAAGGGCGCCAUCUACCGGCAGAUGCAAGAAUAUAGUCGAAAGGCUUCUACGUACGAGUCACGCCUCGAGGAACUUCACAAAAGAUCUGUCCAUCAUGACGACCACUUGAGACUUAUCGAUGCUUGGUGGCGACAGGUGCUUGAGGAAAUGGAGCUUCUUUCAGACUCGGAGAUCACUUCUACAACACCAUCCGAUCCUCCGUAUCUGAGUGGCGUGACUUUCAAGGAUCUUCAUGAAUUCCAGAAACAUCUAUCCGACAAAGGCAAGACGAUCAAAUCCAGAGCUGAAGCACUCCUCGGACGAUUGGCCUCUUCGCGAGGCAAGAUUGACCCCAACGCUGCUGCGCUGGAGAAUAAGGUUGCAAGUCUGCUGGCAACACAAAAGGAAUACUUGUUCAAACUGGACCGUUUGAAGAGUGAAAAGGACCAGCUGUCUGAACAACUGAAUGCUGCGACUUUGCGAUAUUUCAAAGCGGAGAAGAAACUAGACCGUGCCAAAAGCUUUCAGGUGCAGAAGCUAGAACAACAAGCAUUUGCUAAUGCCACUCGCCCUUCUGCAUCUGGCGAUGGGAGUGCUGAGGCCGGCGAAACAAAUGGCAAUGCGGGUGAACUGUUGCUCAAGUAUGAAGAGGCAACUGCAGCUGCUACCAAGCAAAAGGAACAACUCGACGUCAUCCUGGCUGAAAUCAAGACCCUUCAGGACGAGAACUCGACUCUUAAAGCGAAGAGGGAGACCUUAACCGAUGAAGACUUCAUUCGGACCGACGUUUUCAAACAAUUCAAAAACCAGAACGAGGAUCUCAUCAAACGUAUAAACACCCUUGAAGCUACAAACAAACAGCUGCGAGAAGAAGCCGAAAAACUACAAGCAGAGCGGUCGACGUUCAGAACUCAGCUUGAAGCAGACGCAAAUCAGGUGACACAGGAACUUGAAGCUGAGAUCAUUUCCAGAGAUCAAGAUCUUGCCCGAGUGCGAUCGGCGCGCGAUGAAUUGCUGGCCGAAACUACGCAACACAAGGCAAGAUUAGAACAGGACCGGGCAUCAAUCGAUCAAGUCAAGGCUCUGGCGUCUGCCAAAGAGGAUAGAAUUACGGCUUUGGAAGCAAAACUUUCACGCCUUCAACCGAACGAGGACCAGCAAGCUAUUCGCCCGGAUAUCGAGGCAUUGACAAUUGAUGAGCUUCGUCUGCACUACACAAAAUUGGAACGGGAUUUCAACUCUAUCAACACUGAAUUCCCGGCUAUGGAAAAGGCAUACAAGAAAAUAAUUCAAAUUGCUCAAAAGAAAGCGAUGGAUACCAGUGCUGCAGAGGAACGCAUGGCAAUACUAAUUGCAGAGAAGAGUAAAGCUGACCAGAAAUACUUUGCCGCGCGAAAGGACGCAGAUACACGCAACAACGAGAUUCGAUCAUUGCGGCACCAGAACAGCAAGAGUUCGGAAAUCAUCGCCCAGCUAAAGGACCUCGAAACGCAGAACCGUACCCUACUGGGUAAUUUGGAUAAACAGUUAACCGAUUUGAAACAAGCAAAUGCCGCCCUGAUGACGGAGAACAAGAAGAUGGAAACAGCAAGCCUCGAUGCUCUCCGCCGUACUGAAUCUCUGAACAAGCAAGUUGCUGACCUGACAAACCUGGUCAAAUCUAAAGAUGCAGCUUCUGCUGUGGUUCGUGAGCGCAACACGAUGCAAGAGACUGAGGUGGAGAAGAUCAAGGUACGCCUCGAGCAUACACAGAAAGAUCGCGACAAUUGGAAGAAUAAGGCAUUGAGCAAUGCGUCUGAAGAAGAAGAAAUGCUACGGACGUUCGCUCUAUGCACUAUUUGUCGUAUCAAUUUCAAGAAUACGGCGUUGAAGACGUGUGGCCAUUUAUUCUGCAACCAAUGUGUGGAUGAUCGCAUCAGCAAUCGCAUGCGGAAAUGUCCUACAUGUUCCCGAGCAUUUGACAAGAUGGACGUUAUGCCCGUCCAUCAUUGAACGAACAGCGCAGUGGAAACAACCUAUCUUACACCUUACUUCUGUUCCUUAUAUAUGCGAUACCUCUUUUUCUACUUCAUUAAUUGCUUGCGUCAAGCAUUGAGCAUCCAUCCUAUACCUUUCAGGCAUUUGGGGGUGGCUGUAUGUCCACCUUCACCGGACUAUGUUGGGCCACUAUGAUCUGGACAGCGCAUCUUGACGGUUUCCUUCUCUGGGCUAGAUGGCUACUCUUGGAAAGUCAUCCAUGUAUUUCUAAACCACUCAGCGGAACACUUCACGAGCCGCUGCAUGCAUGUAUAUACUCUUUGUAAAGAAAGGAGGGGGUUGGGGG